AUGGGCGUCGGCAGCGUCUUGAACCAGCUCGAUGCGGCUCUGAGCGACCUCGUCGGCCAGUGGAAUGGCUAUUCCACCGGCAUUGCCACCCUUCUGGUCUUGGUCAUCUCUUACUCCAUCAUGACCAGAGUCGACCCUGACAUCCACCCCAUGCUGCUGGCCCGCCAGGCUCAGGGUUCGCCUGUGAGGCAGGAGGGCGAGUCUCCCAUCUACCGUGGAAAUGCUGCCCCACACGGCAUGCCCCUCAACAGUGGCUUGAACGUCAAGGCCCCCGGCGCGUCCAAGUGGUCGCAAGGUCGAGACGGUGACCUGCGGGACGUCUGGAGAAGAGUCGUCUCUGGCUCGCCUUCCGAAGAUGGUCCCUCAGCCAAAGGCAGGAUCUUGACUGUCUAUGGCAGAGAAAAGGUGACGGAACACAAGCUUAGCGAUAUCACCAGAGCUAUCAACUUGAUUGGCCAGCACAUCUCCCAGCAUGGAGGAAACAAGGUCGCCAUCUACUUGCCAAAUUCAGUCGAGUUCGUCGCAACUCUGUUCGCCUGCAGCUUCUACGGUCUGACAGCCGUCGUCCUGCCUUUCGAUGAGUCCUCGGACAUCAUUGUCUCCAUGCUCCAGCGGUCCGGUGCUGACACCGUAGUGACCGUUCCCGGUGCUUUCCCGUUCGACGGCGUUGUCAAGAGCUACCCGUCCCUCAAGCAGCUUGUCUGGGUUGUCGACCAAGGUAGCAACCACAUGGACUGGAAUGAGGUGCCAGAGGGCGUUGGCGGCAAGGUCAACGUGUCCACCUGGCAGGAUAUCCUGCACGACAGCCCCGUCACGGCCGGCAAUGAGCUGCCUGCUGAGGGUGAUACCACAGAAGCCAAAGAUGUCGUCUUUUUCUGGAAGUCGAAGUCGGGUUCCCUCGAGGAGCUGGUCCAGUUCACCCAGAAGAACCUCGUGUCUGCCAUCUCUGCUCAACUUACGGCUGUACCAACGACGCACCGAUUCUCACCUGCCGACCUCUUCCUGUCGGCAGCCCCCUUGUCUGCCUCGUUCCCGUUGGUUCUCACCCUGGCUGCACUGUACUCAAAUGCAUCCGUGGCCUUCAACUCUGUUGCAGGCACCUCUGCGGAUCUUGCCCUGGCCACCCAAGGCAUUGCGCCUACUGUCGUAGUGGCAACACCCCAGACUCUUCAGAAGACCCACAAAGAAUCGUCUGGCAAGAUCGCCUCCCUAAUUGCUUCGACUUCACACUGGAUCCAAACCCGCAGUCUGGUGCAGAAUGGGGCCAUGCCCGUUGCCUCCUUCCUGGCGUCUUACAAUGACAGAGUGAAGCCUUCUGUCGGAACCACUCCUGGCAAGCUUCGACUUCUUUAUGUUGCAGAUUCUGCUGGUGCCGGCACUCCUGUCUUGAGUGAGCUCGCUCUCUCAGAUCUACGUGUAUUUACUGGUGCGCGGGUCAUCUAUGCUCUUACGGCCGCAAAGGUGGCUGGCUCCGUUGCCCAGACCCAGUUCAAUGACUAUCGCGUACACGGAGACGGAACCGGUUCCCACUUUGGCCCUCCGGUCAGCAGCAUUGAGGUCAUCCUGAAAGACAGUGGUAGCCAUAAGACUUCAGACGAUGGCCAGAAAAUCGAGGGAGAGAUCACGGUGCGAGGCCCUGCCGUUUCGGGCGGCGUUGCUUCGCUAGGUGUGAUAGGCAAGGUCAGGGAGGACAACGUGCUGGCUUACGUCUAA